ACUAUAUCUGAUUUAUCUAGAUUAGUGCAAUUUCCUCUUUCGGAAGGUGAAUCGAUCUUCCUUCUCCGCCUUUGCCUUGCCGGAAACUUGGUUCCUCAUGCUUCCUCUUGUUGCGUGUGUACUGAUCGAUGAUACCAGUGCUGCUGUUCUGAGCGUACCUCUCCAACGCCAUGGCAACGAAGCUGAUUACUGGUGAAUCUUAGCAGAUGGAAUUUGCACCUAAGUAGUUUUAUGGCUAGUAAUAUUGCAUACCAACUAGACCCCGGUCCACUUGAAUCAUCUGUAUUAACGGAACAAAUUACCCAUAGAUCACGGGAUAUAUGGGAUGGAAGUGUUAAUAUGAUUCUAAAUACGAGGAGGUGUGAUGGUAAAUUUUGGGACCUCGUAAAGAAAUAUCCCAUCCCUCCUUGAGUCUUAGAAGUGAUUCAAUUAUCUGGAUUGUACGGUGUUUAUAGGUCUCAUCGGCCUAUGAUUGAUCGUAGUUUGAUCACUUCCCUAGUCGAGAGAUGGCGUCCUGAGACGCAUACAUUUCACUUUAGGACGGGUGAGGCAACUAUCACCUUGCAAGAUGUAGAGGUGUUGUAUGGCUUACCUGUGAAUGGUCAUCCUGUACUUGGUAAUAAGUUGAUUAGGACUAUAGGAGAUUGGCAAAAUAUUUGUCAAAGAUUAUUAGGUUUUACUCCAUGUCCUCAAGACUUCAACCAUAAUAGCCUUAAGGUCUUUGCACUUAAUGCGCAUAUGCUAAGGCAACCACAGUUGACAGACAUGGCAACACAAGAUAUGGUUAAUCAAAAGGCUAGGUGUUACAUGUUUUGGAUGAUUGCUGGUAUGAUAAUGGUAGAUACAUCUGGUAGUUUUUUAAAGCUUAUGUAUCUUCCCAUGCUCGAGGACGUCAAUGCAAUUGGGUCUUAUAGUUGGGGUAGUGCGACCUUAGCGUGCUUGUAUCAUUUUCUCUGUAAGUCCUCACAAAGUAACCAAAACGAGAUAGCUGGAUUUCUAACACUACUUCAGAUUUGGGCAUGGGAGAGAGUUACUGUCCUUAGACCACAGGUAAUAGCACAAAGAGACAUUAGAAAUAUUUUUCCAGCUGGUUUACCUAAGGGUCCACAUGCUACUAGAUGGUUUGCACGUUUUAGUUGGACCGACACUACUAAGCAUGUGUUGAAAGUGUUUAGGGAUGCACUUGAUUCCAUGACGGAGGAUCAGUUUAUUUGGGAACCAUAUUCUGAUGAGUUAAUUGAGAGUCUUCCUGACUAUUGUCGCAUUGGACGAGAUAUAUGGCGUGUUAGAGCUCCAAUUUUUUGUUGGGAUGUCGUCGAGGUUCACUUGCCUGACCGAGUUAUGAGGCAAUUUGGGUUGAAACAGAUGAUACCAACUCCAUUUUUAUUUGAUUCGACACAUUUUCACCAUGAUCGUCGGGGAAGACCAAAUACAAAUUGGGAGUUGGAGCAUGCACAAUGGUUGCCUUUUUGGAACCAACGACUUCAAUAUAUUUGUGAAGCACCAAUCAAUCGUGAACCACUUCGAUAUGACGACCCCUACCUUAUUUGGUUUAGACGCAUUACUCGUCUUGUUAUUGGUAAUCCUACUCUGCGUCCUCAACAACAACAAGGUUAUGUGCCAAAUUCAACGGCAUACGAAACAAUGGUGCGUUAUAUUCAUUCGAUGGUUGAUAAAGCAAAAUCACUCGGUGAUCAACCAUCAAUGGAGGAAUUUUACAUGUUUCGUGCAAUGGUGCGGAAUGAAGGGAGAAAGAUUGUUUGA